GCACCGCUCAGUGUCUCGCCGCGCGGCUCUCGCAGCGCCCGUCUCCGCUCCCGCCUGCGCAACCGCUCCGCUAUGAAGUCUAAACUCAGAGGCGUCAGGUCCAAAAACAUGGACAAACUGAUAUCAGCCGUCCAGGCUAGGGAGUGUUUAUGGGAUAAAAGUUACAGGGGCCACAGGAACCGGUUUAAAUUGGAGCGGUAUUGGAACGAGGUCGCCGCGGAAGUGGGCACGACCAGUAUAAACUGUAGAAAGAGAUGGAAGAAUCUGAAAGAUCAAUGCAGGAAAGAGAUGAAGAAGAAUCCGAACGAAUCGGAUUGGCCGCAUUUCAAGAAACUGAAAUUCAUCCAUCACCAGUUCCUGACUGAAGAAGGUGAUGGUGAUGAGGAUACCACCGAUGAAGUGUUCAACUCGUUAGAUGAGUCGAUAAAGAGACCGAAGCUCGGGUAUACGAUGAGAAAGAAGUUAUUAAUGAAUAAACGUAGAACUAUAGAUGUGGACAUGAACAAGUUGAUCGAUUUAGUGAGACCUAUGGAUUUGAUUUGGAACAGACAGUUAAAGGGUCACCAUAACUGGUACAAACUGGAUGAAAGCUGGAAGGAGAUCGCUAAGGAGUUGGGAGUUACGAGAGACGAGGCGCGAUUAAAAUGGAAAUAUCUAAGAGACCAAGCGAGAAAGGAAGUACGCAAGCCAGACUCGGAAUGGGAAUAUUUACCCAAGCUGCAGUUUCUAACCAGCCAGUUCAAUGAUUACGAGAAUAAUGAAGCAGCAGACGAACAAUAUCCACAGGAGUAUGAACCUAUAGACACGUCCGCACCGUACUACGCCGAGCCGACGAAUGAGGUUGUUAACGAUGAUGAUUUCGAUGAAUUCGAUACGAAACCAAUAAUAAUGGAAACAGACUUUUAUGACGACGAUGAAGAAGCUCAGAGAAGUGCGACAGGAGAAGAGCCAGCGAAGGAUGAAGAUAUCGGCUUCUUUAACAGUCUGCUUCCUCAUGUUAAGAAAUUGGUGCCAGCUAAGAAGUUGAUGCUCAGAAUGAAGAUCCAAGAGUUAGUUUAUAAUACGGUUUAUAGUGAGAAUUGAAGUAUUCUAAAUGUGUAAAGGUAUUUUCUACUGAGAUAUUUGCUCUUGUAUUUCAGCUGUGGUUGAAGAUUGUAAGUCACUGCAU